CGCGUUGAAGUUGCCAUUAGCCGUCCGUUGUCCAAGUCUCCGCGUCGUCUCCACGACUCCACUUGCUGUAGUUGGUACUGCUGCUACCAUCCCAUUACCACGCGCCCCUUUCUCUCCCCGCCGAGAUCGAUACACGGAUAGAUCUCGCCUCGCCGGCGAAGCGGGAGAGGAGAAGGACGCCAUGGGGAACUGCUGCUCUGACGAGAUGGGCGCCGGCCGCCACUCCGUUGGCCCCGCCGCCUCCUCCGCCGAUGCCGCUUCCGCCGUGGCUGAUCGCUUCCUCCGCUCCCGCGGCGCCGGCGCGUCCACGCAGAUCGAGUUAUCUCUCUCCGCAUCAAAUUUGGGCGAUCAAGAAUAUUUCUUCAAGAGCAAUCCCAUAGUCGUUGUGUAUUCGAGCAAUGACGGAGCACUUGAAGAAAUUGGGCGCACUGAAGUUAUUGUAAAUUCAUCGAGCCCGUCAUGGAAUGCAAAGAUCAUUUUGCAAUACCAGUUUGAAGUUCUUCAGCCAUUGGUGUUUCAUAUUUAUGAUAUUGAUCCGCAGUUUCAUGAAGUUGGUGAAAAGAUGCUUAAACUGGAGGAGCAACAGUUUCUUGGAGAAGCCAUCUGUAAUUUAUCCGACGUUAUCACCAAACAGAAUAGAUUGUUCACCCUAAAGCUUGGUGUUUCUGAGCACAACUUACCAAAUCCUAGUAAAUUUGGUGAGUUAACUGUUCAGGCCGAAGAAAGUGCUGGUUCAAAAGCAUUAAUGGAAAUGGUAUUCCACUGUUCAGAUCUUGAAAUCAAGGAUCUUCUUUCAAAAAGUGAUCCUUUCUUGCUAAUAUCCAGAAUGUCAGAGAACGGAACACCUGUUCCAAUUUGCAAGACAGAAGUAAGGAAGAAUGAUCUCAAUCCUAAGUGGAAGCCAGUGAUUAUGAAUCUCCAACAGGUCGGAAGUAAGGAGAAUCCCCUCAUGAUAGAAUGCUUCAACUUCAGUAGCAAUGGCAAACAUGACCUAGUUGGCAAGAUAGUAAAAUCAGUCGCCGAAUUGGAAAACAUGUACCAUAGUGGGAAUGGUGAAAAUUUCUUUGUUCCUGCCAGCAAUGCACAUGAUUGUCAUAGUAAGGAGGUAUUGAAGAGCCAGGUAUAUGUGGAGAAAUAUCUUGAGAAUAGUAGACAUACUUUUAUCGAUUAUAUUUCUGCUGGGUGUCAAUUGAAUUUGAUGGUAGCCAUCGACUACACAGCUUCAAAUGGAAACCCUCGGCUUCCAGAUUCCUUGCAUUAUAUUGACCCCUCCGGACGGCCAAAUGCAUAUCAAAGAGUAAUACUGGAGAUUGGAGAUAUACUACAGUACUAUGACCCAGCUAAGCGUAUCCCCUCUUGGGGCUAUGGAGCAAGACCUAUUGACGGUCCUGUUUCACACUGUUUCAACUUAAAUGGCAGCACUUAUCAGCCUGAGGUUGAGGGAAUACAGGGAAUUAUGUCAGCUUAUAUCAGUGCGCUACGCAAUGUGUCAUUGGCUGGUCCUACACUCUUUGGUCCUCUACUUAGCACCGCUACAGCAAUAGCAAGCCAAUCCCUUACAAGCAACCAACAGAAAUACUUUAUUCUGUUAAUAGUGACGGAUGGUGUAGUGACUGAUUUUCAGGAGACUAUUGAUGCAAUCAUAAAGGCAUCCGAUUUUCCUUUGUCCAUCAUUGUUGUUGGAGUUGGUGGGGCUGACUUCAAGGAAAUGGAGUUUCUGGAUCCAAAUAAAGGGGGAAGAUUGGAAAGCUCAACGGGGAGAGUUGCAUCAAGGGAUGUGAUACAGUUCGCCCCAAUGAAAGAUGUGCAUGGUACCGGGAUAUCCAUAGUUCAGUCACUUCUUGCUGAAGUACCUGGGCAGUUCAUGACUUACAUGAGAACUAGAGAAAUUCAAGCAAUUAGUUAAUACAAGAUUACAUCUGGCGGCAAGUCUUUAGAAGAUAUCCUUCUAACGUUCUUUGUUACUACUAUGAUUUAGCGAUUCAGCCACAUCAUUGUGCAAAAUUUAAGCCUUGGCUGUGAAAAGAAGGAACAAGAUGGAUUCUGAAGAUGUUGAAGACAAAAGAGAUCGAUCUCAUGUGAUUAUAGCCUGGAUCAAAUAUCAAUGGCAUAUUCUCCAUGCUGGUUGCUGCUUAUCUGGAGAUCCUAGCCUGGAUCAAAUAUCAUUUUUCAUACUCUCCAUGCUAUUUUGUUGCUUGCCAAGUCUACCAUGCCCAUGCGGGUUCAGGGUGGUUUGUGUCGAGGCAAGAACUGCAAGGUACUGCAGCUUGAAGAUUGUUGUUUCAGAAGACCCAUCUAAAAUUCUGAUUUGUGUAUGAUCUGCAUACAGGCUCAAACAAGAUGUUCAAUGUUUAGUUCCCGUUUUUGUUCUGGUUAUGAGUUGAGAUUCUACAAGCUCCGUUUGGUCCUGUUUGUAUUGUAAUAUACUGUGUUAAUAUAGUUUGUGCCGUUUAUUA